UAUGUAUAAAAUGCGUCAGCUAAAUUCGGGUAAAUUUCAAUUUUAUUUUCCCGCCAUAUUUUACUUCAGUAAGUUGGUAUUUGUGUCCGAGUAAGCUAAAACAAUGUUUUGAACGAAUAUAACUUCAAAAUGGCUGAGCAGUCAAGAUCGAGCAUGGAAUAUAACCGAAAAGUGACGAUUAUUGAAAGUUUUUGUGCUGGACGUACGUCGGUCGAAAUAACUGAGUUCUUCAAAUAUCCGAGAUCGACAAUUUAUGAAGUUUCCACUAAAUAUAAGAUUUCGGAGAAGUCCGAACAAGGUACCUGUCAAGGAAGAGCCAUUCAAGGGAGAGGUCGGCAAGGACUUUGGAAGUUGUCCAAAGGGCCCAAGAGCUGAUCGCAGAAGAUCCAGGGCAGUCUCUCAGAAAUUUAGCUACAAUUUUGGGUGUGAGUGAGGCUACCGAGUGAUGCGCCAAAUAACUGAAAAGGACCUACGUUACAUAAGUCAUAAAGAUAUAACAGAUACUGUCUGAGGCUGUUAGAAUGAAGAGAGUUGCUCGCUGCAACUUUCUUGUGUGUUCGUUAAAAAACGAAACUGCGGGACGCGUCAGAUUUUUUCUGACGAGAAAAUGUUUACUGUCGAUGCAAAAGUGAAUCGCAGGAACGACCGUUGGCUCGCCUAUGACCCCGAAGAUGUUCCCGUUGUAGCUAGGACGAAGUUUCCAGUCAGUGUUCACGUCCUAAGCGUUGUCUCUAGCGAGGAUGACGUCAUGCCACCGGGUUUUUUUAAUAAGGGAGAAACCGUAACAAAGGUAGUAUAUGUACGCGUUCCGACAACAGUAGUCAAACCAUGGAUGGACACUGUGGCCUCCGGGAGGCCGUACAUCUUCCAACAGGACGACGUACCAGCUCACACGAGUCAUUUGGUCCAAAAUUGGCUGUCGGACAAUAUCGAUAUGUUUUGGAGCAAAGAGUUUUGAUUCUCGAAUAGUCCAGAUUUAAAUACGUUGGACUAUUACGUGUGGAGCAUGAUUGAAAGGGUCAUUAAUAAGUUGAGACAUCCUAAUGUAGCAUCUCUCCGGGCCGCUAUUGAAGCAACAAUCUUCAGUAUGGACGAACCGAUGUUGUAGAAAGCGUGCAAUUGCUUCAGGUCCAGGAUCGAGGCAAUAAUUGCGGCAGACGGUAGUUACAUUGAGUAUUUUUGUCUAUAACGGUUUCACAAAUGACACGAAAAAAGGUAUUUAUGUAAUUUUGUACGUUUGACCAAUAAACUUUUGUUAAAUGCAUUAUUUUGUCCGGAUUUUGCUGACGUACCCUGUAUAUGUAUUUCGAAUAUUACUAUAACUUGUGAAUUUUACAUUGUUAUAUAUUUUCAAAGAAAAUAGUCAAUAAUUCUGUAAUUUUUGUACAUAUCUAUCAGUUCUUAAUAUCAUAAUAAUUUUCCAUAAAAAUCCUAAAUGCAGUUUAGAAAAAAUUAAAAAUAGAAGCUAAAAAUAAGACUUUACUUUCCAGGAAUAUGUAAAAAAUGUCAUUUUUAAUUGCGAAUAUGUCAGGUUCUGAAUGGUCAAAUUAUAAUAUAUAUUGGCGCUUAUAAAUGCGCCAAUAAUUAGGUCAUAUUUAAAUCUAUAUGUAGUGCAAAUUGAAUUCUUAAAAAAUUUAUUUUAUAUUACAACUGCUUCAAAUUCAUCUUCAAAUAUACUGUAGUUAAUGAAAUAAUCCAUACAGUAUUUGAAGAGAAACUUAAGACAAUUUUAAACAUAAGAUCUGAUUAUGAAUAUCGGUUUGCGUAAAUAAUCCCAGUCUUCAGUAUUUUUUUCAAAUCGCGAUCCGCGGUCGAUACAAGUGAAUACGAUCCGAUUCACAACUAAAUAUACCAAAUCUUGGAAAAACGGAGCCUCCAACACUCAUUGCAUGAAGUCACUAUAUGCGUAUUAUAUAUUCGUAUAACGUCGACUCGCAUGUUGUAACUAUCUCACUUGACGCGCGGAGCCACUACCAUAUAUUUAGCUUAUCCAUUUAGCCAAAUAGAAGCUUAUCGAAGCGAGAUUCACGUGGUUUUGGAAACUUAUCUAUUAAAGCCCAUGACUAGACCAGUAAGAUUAGCAAAAAAAUCAACAAUUGCAAAUAGGACCGAAGCAUGAAAAACCAUAUUGAAUAUAAAAAGUAUCCGGAAAAAUUAAUUUUGCAAUAAAUUGCUAUAAAUAAAUUAUUAAGUGUUGGCUGCAGAACAAAACUGAUUACACCAAACAAUUCUACGGAAAAAGUUACAUAAAAAACUUGUAUCACUUUUCCUCGUAGCGUCUUCCGUUUAAUGUAAAAAAAAAAUAAAUAAACAUUACGGUUUAUUGAAAGUCGCUCCAGCCCAAGUUAUAACAGUUACAUGUCACCCAUGAAGUAUUAUUGUCGAUAUGUUUUCCUUAAUUGGUUUCCCUCAUACAAACCUAGUAUACUAAAAAUAAUACAGGAAACAUUAACAUAAUAAGUAAUAAUAUAUAUGGCUCCGUUGAUAUACAAUCAAUUAAUAUUAAAUAUGGCCAUUAAGAACCUCUGUAUGGAUGUAUAGUGCAAUACAAGUGAUUUUUUAUUAACAUAACUUAUGCACACCAUCAUUUUUUAUAUGCAUAUGAUAUUUUUUACAGACGCAAUGCCUCUUACAAAUACAAUAUAUUUCACAUAUCUGUUUUUGAUAGUUAUAUAGUAGAUCACUGUCUUGUGCAUGCGAUGUUAGAUUACUAUGCAAAAGAAUUGUUACUCGUAUACGAAAGCGUUGUGAUGGAUGUAAUGAUUUUUUGUCUAUUUAUUUAUUACGUUCGUAUACAUUAUCAGAAAAUUCUAAUUCUUUAAAUUUCUUUUGUUAAUAACUUUCUAAUAAAUAAUAAACGAUAGCUAAAAUCUUUUAAAUGUUAUUAAAGAUAAUGACUUUGAUAACAUAUGUUAAGGUCAAGUUAAUCGGAAUUGCCUUCUACAUUGUAAAGUUUAGCUUAGUUUUAUUUAUUUGCUUUUCCCUCUUUUUGCUUAUGUCUUAAUGAUUCCUGCGAUCAUUAGAAAGUAAACAGCUAUAGAUAGGAAGAAGAAAAUAAGAUAAAAAUUACAAAAAAGUUAGUAAAUAUUAAAGAGUGGAAGGAGAGUGGAAGGGACUUCGCGAAAAAAGCUGGGGUUUCCCCGAGCGUAUAGCUAAAGGUAAAUGUUCUCUGUGUUCUCCUUCCACACGCUUGCGCCUCCUUCUACAGGUGGAAGGAGAUCUUGCCACCUGGGCCCCUCAUUCUCUACACCUCUUCAUCUGCGCAUAAAACGCUUUCCGCGUUAGCAUUGUUUAUUCGACGAUGAGUGGUCGCGCGGAAUCCCUCGUAUAAUCUUUGUGUAACGAUACUGUCUACCAAUAGAAGCUUGCAUUAACUUCCAGGGAUCUUAUCGCUGAACAGACGGGGUAUUGACUGUGAUUGUACUUAGUGUGGGACACAAUACUUAUCACAAUAUCUCGGACCGUUCAUAAGUACUUAAGUGUUUUUACUUUUCCGUCCAAUCAUACAUUUCACGCGCAGAGUUCGUUGCGUUCGUUUCAUAUACCAGGCGAUCAAACGACAUGUCUCUCCAAAACUUCAACGAACUCAAAGUCUUUGACGAUGCGGUGGACAACAUGGACAUCAUCAGAACUAUAAUCGCUAUGGAGAACCAAGAAGAUUCUUUCUAUAUUGUGGACGUCGGUGAUAUUAUUAAGAAACAUCGCGAAUGGAUCACUAAGAUGCCGAAAGUUGUUCCACACUACGCGGUCAAGUGUAAUCCUGAUCCGACGGUUAUCAAGGUGCUGGCCACUUUGAACAUUGGCUUUGAUUGUGCAUCUGAGCAAGAGAUCAGACAAGUGAUGCAGUACGGCGUGCAGGGUGAUCGUAUCAUAUUCGCGAAUCCAACCAAAUGCCCAUCUCACAUCAAAUUUGCUAAAAAGAAGAACGUCAGCCAAAUGACGGUGGAUGGCGAAUUAGAGCUGUUGAAGAUCAAAGACCUUUAUCCUGAGGCCAAAAUCGUGAUACGCAUACGAUGUGACUCGAAGAAUUCGCCGGUUCCCCUCGGAUCGAAAUUCGGCUGCGAACCGGACGAGGAAGCCGUGCGAUUGAUACAGCUGACGAAGGACCUCGGUCUGACAUUGCACGGCUUCAGUUUUCACGUCGGCAGUCCAUGCGGCGAACUGAACGCGUUCAGCAGAGGCAUCGGGAUAUGCAAACGGCUGAUCGCGAUCGCUCGUGCGAUAGGCUGCAAAGACGUUCAAUUGAUCGACAUCGGCGGUGGUUUUCCAGGCGCGAGUGGAACGGAUAUUGACAAAGUCGCCAAUAUCGUGAACGACGCGAUCCAAGAUCUUGAUCCCAGCAUACGGAUUAUCAGCGAGCCGGGGCAGUACUACGUCACUUCGGCGUUUACUCUAGCUUCGUUUUUACACUCUAAAAAGGUCGUUCGUAGAAGCGGCAAAAUGAUGAGAAUGUAUUAUGUGAACUGCGGAGUAUAUAAUUCGUUCAUAGAGGAGAUGAUGGGCUUGAAAGCUAGAUAUCCGCAUUUUCUCUUCGAGCCGACCACUCAUGAAAAAUUCAACUCGACUCUGUGGGGACCAACUUGCGACUCGUACGAUAUUAUUCUUAAGGAUGUAUUGAUGCCGGAACUUCGCAUAGGCGAUUGGUUAGUCUGGAAGGAUAUGGGUGCUUACAGUAUAUCAAUAUCUACUUCGUUCAAUGGAUUCCCCACCCCGAUAGUAAUACCGAUUAUCAGGAAGAAUCAAUGGAAAAAAUUAAUGUCGGAGAUCAAACUGAUGCAUAUACCUACGGAUUUCAUAGAAUGGUCCAACUCUGUCGAGAGAGAAGAUUAUAUCGAGAGUCGCUGACAAACGUUGAAUCGGCUACUGUAGGAUUAGGAUAAUAUAUCAAUUUUUGACGAUUAGAUUAACUAAUAUUUUAUUUAUACUUAUUCUCUCUCGAUUACUUAUUUAAUCUCUCUUAAUAUCGCUUUUAAUAUCUCUUUUCAUAGAUGCGAUAUUAAUACGGGAUAGGCCAUUUUAUUGUUUUCACUUGAAAAUUUCUUUUCUUAUGCAUUUUAUGAAAAAAAUCUAAAUAAAAAUUGUAGGAUUUUAAGGGGGACAUUAGAUGGUAAUAUUAUUAUGUCAUUGAAAUAUUUUUUUAAAAGUUAUUUCUACAUCAACUUUGAUUUUUUUUUAAUGGAAU